CGCACGCCGUACAACAUAACACAAGCAGUGUACACACAAAAGCUGUCUGCUAGACACAGGCACGAGUUUUGGUAAACAAAAUUAUAAACACGCAGUGUGUGUGUGCUGCACAUCGAAAAUUCACCGCUGUCAGGAUACAUAAUUAUUAUUUCAAGUUCUUGCCUGACAACUAGGAAUAGCCAUGGGUGGUAAAAAGUAUUAUUGCGACUACUGUAAGCGAACCUUCAAGGAUGCUCAGAAUGCUCGACAGAAGCAUCUUACAAGUAUUGCUCAUGCAAAAAAUUACACAGAUUAUUACAAACCUUUCAAAGCACCUGAAGAAGUUUUGCAAGAAGAAAGCUCUAAAAUACCAUGCCGUAGAUUGGCCACAGAAGGACAAUGUCCAUUUGGAGCAACUUGCAGAUUUUCUCAUUACACUAGGGAUCAGUUAGAAUACUUGCAAUACAUAGUGGCUUCAAAAAAUGCAGAUCCAGUUUUCUAUUUCCCUGACAAAGAGUGGAUAACAAAGGAGUACUUUGAAGAUACAGUAGCUCCAGAAGAAAUUGAAAUAAAAGAUUACAAUCCGUGGCCCUUACCCAAUGGAUUACACAACAGUGCAGAUCUACCACCUUCGAUGAGACCAAUGACUUACAAAGACUUCAAAGAUUGCACUUUUCCUGAAUGGGGACAGUACAAUAAAGAGAACGAAAGUACAACGCAAGCUGGCCAAAUGUAAAAAGUAAAUUUCUUGUUAAACUUUAAAUAAGCAGACCUGUGAUAUAGAUUAAAAAUAAAGUAGCUAUGAUUGACACCGUACUACUUUUCGUUAUUCAAACUGAAAGUAAUUAU